CAAUUGGAUCAAAAUCAUUCAUCAACGUCCAAUUUCUUUAUAAUUACAUCUCUUUCUCCCAAACCAGACUGUACGGACUUCUGGACCCUCAUCUGAGAUUGGAGAUAUAUUUGGUAAUCUUUGUAGUGGGAUUUUAUAAUUGGGAUCUGAAGAAAAGAUUUUCUGUUAACUAUGGGAAUAUAUCUCAGUUCUCCCAAAACUGAUAAAUCCUCAGAAGAGGGAGAGAAUGAAAGACUUCGAUAUGGGGUGUCUUCUAUGCAAGGGUGGCGGGCAUCCAUGGAAGAUGCUCAUUCUGCUUAUCCAAAUUUGGACAGUUCCACUUCUCUUUUUGGUGUUUAUGACGGUCAUGGAGGUAAAGCAGUUGCAAAGUUCUGUGCCAAGUAUCUUCACCAACAGGUGCUCAAGCAUGAAGAUUACAUAGCUGGAGAUAUAGGCUCAGCUUUACAGAAAUGCUUUCUAAGAAUGGAUGAGAUGAUGCGUGGCCAAAGGGGGUGGAGAGAAUUGGCAAGCUUAGGUGAUAAUUUAGACAAGGUUUCUGGUGUGAUAGAAGGGUUAAUAUGGUCUCCUAGAGGUGGGCAUUCUAAGAGAGGUGAAUUCAGUAACCAUGUUGAUGAUUGGCCUUCGGAAGAGGGACCCCACUCGGAUUUUGAUGGACCGAAUUGUGGUAGCACAGCUUGUGUUGCGGUCAUUCGGAACAAACAACUUGUUGUAGCAAAUGCUGGUGAUUCUCGUUGUGUGAUAUCUAGGAAGGGUCAGGCAUAUAAUUUGUCGAAAGAUCAUAAGCCAGACUUAGAGGUUGAGAAAGAUAGGAUUCUGAAAGCCGGUGGAUAUAUCCAAGUUGGACGGAUCAACGGAAGUUUGAACUUAACAAGAGCUAUAGGAGAUGUGGAAUUCAAACAAAACAAACAUUUGACUGCUGAAAAACAGAUUGUAACGGCUAAUCCAGACAUAAAUACUAUUGAACUAUGUGAUGAUGAUGAGUUUCUGGUUUUAGCUUGUGAUGGGAUAUGGGAUUGCAUGUCUAGUCAACAACUGGUGGACUACGUACGAGACCAGCUAAAAGAAGAAACUAAGCUCUCGGCCAUUUGCGAGAAAGUUUUUGACAGAUGUGUGGCACCAACAGCUGGUGGGGAAGGUUGUGACAAUAUGACUAUGAUCUUGGUUCAGUUUAAAAAACCCAUUAAUAAUGCAGAUGCUUCAGUUGAUGAGCAGUCUCCUUCGUGAUCAACAUUCUAAACCGAGAAUAGUUAAGGGAAGAGUGAAGGAAGGGUUCGAACUUCGAAUAGUCUUUGAAGAAGUCCUCUAAACUGACUUUUGUUCCCUGGAAUUUGAUUGUGGCUGCUAUCUAUGGUUGGCACAGAAAUAUUCAUCACAAUUCUGUAUUGAUUGGUGAAAUGAAGUCUUAUGGCAUUUACUACUGUACAUAUUCAAGGUAUCAAGUAUUAUAGUUUGUCUUGACUUCUGAGUUCUGUCUGUACGUCAUCUCUUAGUGUUUUUGUCUGGUGGGUGCCUCAGAUUUUAAAGGGCUUUCCCUGUUUUUUUCUUCUUUUUUGUUACAUAUCCACUGACCAAACAAGGAUCAAUAAACAAUAUUAUCUAUUCCUAUUUUCUGAUAA